CCUAGGAACGCUUCCAGCGUACCUCGUCCCCCAGGAACGGUUGGACAGGUCUUGCGCGGCGCUGUCAUGUCACGCACACUGUGAAGCUAUGGUGCUCGGCCGGAAUCAGCCUUUUGAACGCGAACCCACUGGCACACGUAACGGAUCUUCAGCCCCUCGCCAGUUCGGUGCCUAAGGACAGGGUCAGUUAGCGGAGGCACGGGGCAAGAUGCUCGGCUAUGUGCUGAAUGACCAUGAUGGCUAGGGGUCAUGAGCACAAGCACAAUUAUACAGCUGCAUGCCAAGCCGUGUCGGUGACUCCGAUGUUGACACAUGGCCAUCCGCCGAUUUGCAGUGCUGUUAGCGCGCGUGAGGGUGCUGUUACACCCGACUCCUAUGCUCGGAUCAACAUCCCCCGAUUGAAUUACUGGCACCCAUUCCCCACGUCCAGUGUCCCAUUGCUAAAUAGUGGCUGCUGCUGCCACCGUUUCCCCUUCAUCGUCACCUAGUGUUUGUCCACUGCCCUGUGAUAGAUUGGCAUGCGGAGCUGCCCCACACUGCACGGAGCAGCGGGUGCUAUUUCUGUCAUGACUAAUGUCCUCUACAACAAAGAUUCUCCUCUGCCACGCGUCACCAACAUUCGCAGCAUUCGCAGCCUCAUCACCACGAGUAGCAUCAGCAGCAUUAGCAGCAGCACCACCACCAGCAUUAUCAGCAGCAACAGCAGUUUCAGCUUGCAUUCCCCGUAACACCCAGAUCACGGACAGGAGAUGCGAAGCAGCCACUGACGUUCCAUUGGAAUCACUGCGUGCCAGCUGGUGGGCAAGGUGUCAACCGACUCAGGAAACAUCAUCGCAAGAAUGUACCCUUGGACAUGGUUAGCGCUGACUAAACGCUUCUCGAAUCAAGAUACAAAAGACCCAGGUUUCCAACACCAUUGUCCUUGUGUGUCAAUAGUCGAGUCCUCGUAACAUUGGAUCUUCGUUCACGCUAAUAGGGAGUGAAGGGAAAGAUCGAUUGACAAGGUGUUCAAGUCAGCUUGGACAUGGCGCGCAUUGUGGUCAGGCAUGCUGUUUGGGUAGUGUUACCACUAGCAAUGUGAUAGCACCGUUCAGCACUUCCUCCUGUGCAUGAGCUGUGAUCUUCGAACGGUAUCAUAAUAGUAUUUAGGGCUUGAUCGCUAAAGGCACGCACUCGGCUACACUGCUUGCAUAUGAUCCUGCUGGAGUGGUUAGUAACUAAUUUCAAGUCAGUCAGCUGUACGCGAGCAGGAGGAAUCGGGAAAACAUUUGGGUUUCAGGUGCGCGGCGUCGUCCUACCGUUGGCACUGCCAGUGACUUCCAGCAGUCAACAAGGUAUACGACAUUUCCCUGCGCACAAGCCACGGCUAGGGUCUGUGCAGCUCACGCCUGUACUUGUGCUGUUGGUGUCCAAGCAACCAGGUACCCUGUGUUGUGGGAUGCAAGGAACUGCUGCUGUUGCUAGUACUGGUCUUUGAACUACUGGCCUGUUUGGCAGGACGGCAUAAUACGAUCGCCCGGAGCAGCAGUUCAGCAAAGAGCACACUAUCACAUUUAGAGUUUCGUUUCUCCUGCUCAUUUGCUAAACAGUGCGAGGAACAAGCUCAGAGACAUCACAAUUUUGUCCCGAGGGUGUUAUUUGUCCAGGAGACUCGUGUAUCAUGGUGGUGUGUUGACAGCCGCAGCGGUUGCUCACCUCGCUACCCUUUCACUUUCAAUCGGCAUACAAAGGUGGUUGGGUCAGCAAACGCAGCACAGCGCGUACAUGUGCAGAGCUGUGUGAUGAACGCUCGAUCAAACGCCACCAAGGCCUAGUCCUCGACGUCUAUGCGCUGAGAAUAAAACCUGGAUCUGUGCAUGUUCCUAGGGUUGCACUCAUCUAAGUCAUGCGUUACUUGUGAUACAUAAUUGUACGCAGGCACGGAGUAUUACGCGCUGAUUUCGAGUUGCGCGUGCGUGCAUGCACGCCUGCCGUUUAUCUGCGUCGCACGGGCAGCACUAAUGUCAGAGAGUUCGCACUCAUCUGCCACAUCUCUCCAGCAGGAACACACGCAGCAGCAGCAGCAGCGAAUUCCUCAGGGCCAGAAGGAGCAGUGUGAAGCGCAGCAAGGCCACACCGCACCCCAGGGGAGAUCGUCUCCGGAGGAGGGAUUCACCCAAGCAGAGACAGUUGAAGGAGAAAACAUUGCAGACGAGCGGCGGACAGAAGCUGGAGAAAUGCGGACCAGUCCAGUUUUGAUGGCACUCGACGCGUCACCAUCGCCCAGUCUUGUAGCAGCAUCGACGCCGCUGCCGCCAACCCUGGGAUUCGGCGCAGAGCACUCCCAAGACCCUUCACAACAUCUCGUCUUUGCGUACUCUCCCACGACGACAACGACACUGACGGGCUACUCGGAUAUCCAGCAACCGUACCCUGCCAUUCCUGGACGCAAGCGCCUCCAUCACCAUUCCGGAGACUGGACGCAAGUGGAAGACACCCGCAGAUGGGGUGCCAGUGCGGGGCAAAUGUACCCAUACCCACCUCAGUCACAUAGUCAGUACCAUGGCGAGGGACACUCGGGCCGCAGUUCGUCCGGGAGCCCGUCCGAGGCGGAACCCUCAGCUAAGCGACAAGGCAUUGCACACCCACCAGGAACCUAUAUCUCAGCCUCGCAACCGCGACAUACCCUGGCUGCUUCGACCACCAUUGUUCCUCGUACUCUACUUCUUCCCUCUCCUACGAUGGAGUCGCUGCAUCAUCAUCAGCAGCAGCAGCAGUAUGGUCCCCGUUCCAGUGGUGUAACUUGCUCCGGGGCCUUACGCAGCUUUGCCUAUUCCGGCCAUUCGACACUUUCCAGAUCACACGUAUAUAGCGUUGCAGCACCAACAGUGGCAGGAAUGCCCACGUUGGCACCAAUAACAGCCGCCACACCGACCAGCGAAACUGCUAGCAGUCCACUGACCGCUCCAUUGAGAGCAACACCACGAUCAGCACAUCCAGCUGAAGGCCAGCAGCCAGGAGCACCAGCGAUCACGGCUGCUACUAGUGCUGGUGGUGGCGUGGCUGCCAGUAGUACUGGUGGUGGUCGACAGAGAGGCAAGUGCAGAAAGUCUUACACGGUUCAGCAGAAACUAGGCGCAAUCGCCAUGCGCAAGUCUGGUCUCACCGUCAGUCAGGUUGCAGUUCGGUACGGAGUGACACCGAAGAUGGUUCGGGACUGGUGUCGUCAUGAAGACGAACUGCACGACAUGGCUGCAGACACGGGCAGUGAUGGCAAGUCUAAACGAAAGCUGCACCCGGGUCGCAAGCCGCGCAACGUGCAGCUAGAUAAACUACUCUAUGACAAGUAUGUACAGGAAACAGCGAGAGGAUACCAUCUGAAGAACAAAGACCUGCAGCAGAUGGCUUUGUCGCUGGCGAGCGAACUGGGAGAGACGGGAUUCCGGGCGAGCAGCAUGUUCUUGCGCCGCUGGAAGAGACGCUACAACGUCGACAUUCGCGGACCGGGAGCAACGUACGGGGAAGGUUCUUCGUCAGUGCCAUCCGAGGGCAGACAAGACCUGGAUGUGUCUGAAGCAGAGUCCACAAGCGAGCUAUCACCAUUAGUCAAUGUGGAUUAUGAUGAUGACGACGACGAUGACGAUGUUGAUGAUGAUGCACACCUGGGGAUUCCCCUAGAAGAAAGUCUGGAGGCUGCUAGCACCACUGCAGAAGCUGACGUACAUGCCGAACACGGGUCGGAGAGCGAGUCCGACGAGUCGGCCACCCCGCAUCGCUACGAGGAACGCAGGCACCACCCCGGCACCAUGGGGUCAGCAGCGGCUCCACGGAGCCAGCACCCACAGGCCACACCCUACAGUCUGCACUAUCAACACCUCCAACACCAGCAGCAACACAGCACAGUUGGCCGGCAGUUGCCACGACAACCCCCUUUGGACUACCAAGUCAGUACCAAACCUCAGGUAACGACACUCUCUUCGCCCAUACACUUGCCAGCCAGCACGCUACGAGUAGCCGUACCGUGUGAAGUCGGGCAGAUACCCGUGUCACGCGGCGUGAUCGCCACCCUAGCCAUGUCUCCGGAGUCACCAGUCAAGCAAUUCACUCCGCAGGAGCCGAGCUUUGGUCGCACACCACGGCCUGUUAGCCUGCCCGCAGUACCCUCAGCCACCAGACACACAGAAGAUUUGUUUCAUUCGCAACUGCGUGAUCUGCGUAAGCUGAACUCGUAUGCCGUAGAUGGUAUAGUGUGCAUGCACGAGCUGGCCAUACUGGGUGAACCGAGCGGCUCAGGGCUUGCUCAGUCGCCGCUCCAUCCCAUGACACCACAUGCAUCGCAUGGCAACAUCCCACAGGCAGCUUAUCUCAGUGGUGGGGGCAGUGGUGCUACCGAGCAAGGUCGUCAUUUCUAUCAGAGACCUGGAGGUGGACCGCAAUCGCUCUACGCUGGCACGGCGUCAGGUGAGCCUCACAAACGCGUACCCACCGCCGGCUCCAACACGCCAGCUUGUUCUGUGGUGCUAGCGGCGUGCAGCAACGGACACAAACUGCCCAUAUCUGUAAUCGCACGGUUUCAGCGACCGGCCAGUGCCAGCAGACAUGUCCUACCCAGCAGUGAUGGUACAGUCUCUUCGGACAACAUAUGGUACAUGCUGCAGAGUAUAUUUCUGCCGUCGACUCGACGUAAUGAUCCACGUCGGCUGCUCAUCCUGCCGCAGCACUGGGCGGUGAAGAUGAAGGACGAACAUCGCAAGUUUGUGGCAGAGUCGUGCAAAAGCGAUGUGAUGUUUGCGCCUUGCAGCGUUGAUCCAUUUGCCCGUGCUGAGACCGGCAGCAUAGCUCAGGAGUUCCUGGACGUCUUUUCAGACAGCUCGACGAGCCUGGAUAUGACUGCACUCGCGGGUCAUUCAUCCCCGACCCUGGGGCAUAGCUCCCCACCCUACGCAUCCCGGGUUGGGUCCGUUCAACAUGACACGGCUGUCUCUCAACUACUGGAUGCUGUGACGGCAGCGUGGGAUGGCUGCAGUAGUCGGCGUAUACAAGAUUCGUUCCGAAAUUGUGGUAUCUAGAGUUUUGUGCAGCUAGAUUUGUCUACCAGUGGAAAACGUUUGCUAAUCUGCCAGAAUAAGUUUGGCAAGAUGUUCCAAGUAAAGUAGAUGUGAAAGAUUGCACAACAGAUUAGUUUCAUGUGCAGACUUCAAAUACUUUCAGUGCAUUCGUAUCUCUCUGAUUCACUCACUCUCUCACUCACUCUCUCUCACACUCC